CCAUAUAAACCAUCACCAGAAGAAUUUGAAAGACCAACGUCACCACUAGCCACCUACAUCCCUGCAACCAGAACAGAAGAGAAACAAUAUUCGAAAAAGGGAUAUAUUCAUAAGGCUAUUCUUGUUACGGGAGUUAUUAAUUCAAAGACUUUUGUCUCUCAGCCAGUUGUCAAGAAUUAUAUAGUAGAAUAUCGAUAG